CUUAAAAUCACCACCCUGCACAGCAUUUAACUGCAGAUGGAUACGGCAGGCUGGAGAAUGAAAUAUGGGAAUAAGUGGCUGGCUGGGUACAGACUGAAGAAUGUUGCUGCAAUAUAGAGCAGAAACCAUGCUGAGGCUCUCACCUGCCCUGACUAACCUGCUGGUGCACUGAAGGAAAACAAUGAAAAGGCAGAUACUGCUCUAGCCGGCCAGUCAGCCAUGCACCAAGUGCCCUGGGAGAGGCCACAAGGACAGGAUUUGGAGCCUUCUUCCAGAGCACCAUCACAGGCUCGCAUUUACCUGGAACAGAUCCAAAAACGUGUAACUCUGAUUGGACAAGACAGGGUCAGCUCAGGGAAAAUACAAACUGGAAAACGGGAUUACCUGGUGGAUGCAGCCAAACAAAUCCGCCAAGCUCUGGACAAAGAGGUGAACGAGGAUUAUGAAGCAGCCUUCAACUUUUAUAAGAAUGGAGUCGAUCUGCUGCUGAAAGGAAUACAAGUUGACUCCAACGGCGAAAGAAGAGAAGCAGUAAAACGCAAGAUCACGCAGUACUUGAAGCGGGCGGAAGACAUCUUUAAUUGUCACCUACAGAAGGGUAUAGGGAGUUCGGCAUGCCAGUCAGAGGGUUUCAGCAGCUUUCGAUUUCGACCUAUCAGGAUCCUCAGCUCUCCUGUAGAGUAUUUAAAAUCAUGCAAGGUGGUUGGCGUGAUUGACAAGGUGCUUCUUGCCCAAGAUCCAUCAUUGGGAGAGACGUUUAUAGUCAAAAGCCUCUGCAAAUCAAAUGUGGAGACACGGAACCAGCAGACCAUCAUUCCUCAGGGAGUGCCAUACAUGGUGCGGUUGCUGCGGUAUUAUGUUAGCGAAGAUGCCAUCUUCCUUCAUCUGGAGUAUGUCCCAGGAGGAAAGCUUUGGCCUCUGCUACGAAAAUGCCACUCACUGAGAGUUAAGGAUUACCCAGAAUGCUCCAGUUUUCAUUGCAGGAACACACAGCUGAAGACCAGUUACACCAGCCCCUCCCUACAGCUGCUUGGAGAGGAACAAGAGAAGUCCCACGGCUGCAGGAAUGAGACGAGCAUUGCAAACUCUAACUUCCCUGCCUGUACACAUUCCAGCCACUCAGUUGACCAGGUAUACAGAACUGCUGCAGACCAAAUAAAGCCUCACAACAGCAGCAGCAACCAGUCUUUUUCUCAGGACAAUGUUACUUGCCCAUCAGGCAGUGAAUGUAGCACAUUCUGCAGUGACACAAGUACCUCAUUUGUAACCAGCUUAGAUGGCAUUGUCUGUGGUGACAAGGGCUACUGUCAUACAUUAGCUGUAUCUGCCAAUGAAGGUUUAAGGCAGGAUAGCCAUUUGAGAACAGGAUGUACAAGUGCUCCAGAAAAUAAGAGGAGCUUGAGUUCACAUGUUUUUUUGUCUGCCAGUAAAUGCAGUGAUGUAUUUAAGCAGCAGCCUAGUUUGUGGGACCAUGGCAACCAAGAUGGAUCAGUUGGCCCAAGCAAGAUGCUAAUGGAACACAAUAGAUGUGAAAAAUCACUGGACAUGGUCACAGCCCCUAUAGGUUAUAAUAACUUAAGAGAUGAUUAUGAAAUCACUGUUAACCCACUUGAAGCAAUGCAUAAUAUUCAAACCAGGAAGGACUUUGGGAAGUCAGACUUGAUUCUGAGUAGUGGAUCUUGCAGUAUGGCAAGGAAUACUACAGACAGUGCCUCAGGAAUAGAGCAAUCAGACCUUAGGACACCAGCAGUAAGUGACCUUAGCCACACAGGCCAGCCAUGUUGCAUUACUCAUCUACAGCCGACUUACCAGGCACAGAGUAAACUGAAUACUGGUGCUGGGGGUCCCCACAGCUCUUUACAUAAAGAAACAUCAGUGGUUGUCCAAAGCAAGAACAAGAAUCAUUGUCCAGACAAUGGGGACUCCCUAAUCUCUUCAAACUCUGACAAGGUAUUGGGCUCACCUGAGGACAACAUGCACAUUGAAGUUGAUGGCUGGUGUAUGGUGUCCUCAUCUCGACCUCAAAAGAAUGAAAAAGGACGUCUUGUUCCAGGAGGAUUCACAGAGGAUCAGAUUUGUUACUGGGCUGCAGAAAUGGUCCUAGCAUUGGAAAGCCUUCACCAGCAAGGCAUUAUAUGCCGAGAUUUGAACCCAAGAAACAUUCUACUGGAUAGUACAGGACACGUGUGCCUGACGUACUUUGGCCAGUGGGGGGACAUUGAACCUCACUGCAGUUCCAGAGCAGUGGAAGACCUUUUCUGUGCCCCAGAACUCAGCGGAAUUUGCGAGGUAACAGAGGCUUGUGACUGGUGGAGCCUUGGAGCCAUAUUAUAUGAGUUGCUCACUGGUGUGCCACUGUCUCACAGCUACCCAUCUGGAAUCAACUCAUCAACUCCACUCCGCAUCCCGGAUAAUCUCAGCAUGGCAGCUACUUCUCUACUUACUGAGCUUUUGCAGUAUGAUGCUACAUAUCGGCUGGGCACUGGUGUGGAUGGAGCCAAUGAAAUCAAGGCUCAUCCCUUCUUCAGUUCUGUGCAGUGGGGUAACCUGACUACAUAGAGAACAGAGGAAGAUGAGACAGCCACGUCAUCUGUUUACCUGCAGAAAAGCACUAAAGAUGGGACAGUGAAAAGACUUUAAAAUGAUUUUGAUUUGCUGCCUUUUCAAAUUGCACUCUACAGACUGAAACGUGUAAGAAAUGUAAGGUGAAGAAAUAAGCUGAAUGCUACAAGGAGGAAACAAUAAGACACUGGAACUUUAGGUUAAAAUUUUAAAUAAUGCAGCUAACACAAACAAUGUGUGGAGUGCAACCAUCAUCUGUUAAAGAGAAAGGAGGUCUUGGAGCAAAUAAGAUUUGAGAAAAGUAGCCACAUAGCCCCCAAAUGCAGUACAGAUCGGCAGGUGCUAAAUGUGAUGUAAACAGCAGGUAAUAGCCAUUUUAAAUUACCUUUAUGAAAGUAGGACUAUUACCUGUCAAAACUGAGAUGCCCUGAUCUUUCCUUGAUAAAACCUGCCCAGCUUGGGAAAGAAAGGAUUCCUGUCUAUGCAUUAUGGAGUCUAUUUCCUUGCAUUUUAUAUACAACAUUAUGUUGACCCCCUUCAUUUAUUGCUCUGCAGUAGAAUUUAAAGAUUUAUAUAGAUAACAGGAAGAUAUACCCCAUGUAUGUAAAGAAGUAAAUAAACAAAGCUGUAUCUGAAAACGUUAAUGCUGUGAGUCUAUCCAGUCAGAAAAGGUUGCUAUAGCUGUUUAAGGGAAACCUUAACAGCAUUCCAUUUUCCAAGAAUGUGUUUUCUUCUCUACAAAGUGAUCCUUACCUUUGUUGUACAUAAAAAAAAGCAUGACUUAGUUGUUUCUUCCCUUCUGUUGCAUUUUCACUCUAAUCUUUAUAGAAUCUCAUCGAUCACAUUUUAACAUUUUUGGCCACUGAAAAUCCCACACAUAACAAAUUAUACCCUUUUAAUUCUUGGUUUUACCUACCCGUAGUGGUCAUAAACCUACUGAAUCUGUUGGAAUUAGCAGCUCUUUUAUUGUGUACUGCCAUUUAUGGUUGCUUUCUUUCCUUCCCCAGGGCCCUAAGCCUACUGAGGCCUUGGGAAUUUCACAGCUGUUUUAUGAUGGAGUUUGUUAAUGAAGAAAGCUGAAGGCAAUCUGAAAAACAGACUGAUCUAAGAAACUAAGUGAUUCCCCUAUUUGCAAAAAGUAUAAUUUAAUAGCAAUUUUGCAACAACAAAAAGGCAGUGCUCAUUGCAGUGUGUUUAAAACAUGACAAAGAACCCAAAUCAGAGUUCCACUGGAAGAAAGUUUCAGACAUUUUGUACUGAGAUUCUUAAAAAUAACCGUGAUCCUGAAUUAUGAUAUUCUAAGUAAAUGCAAACACAAUUUGUCACAGGAAAGUAGAGUGAGAUAUCUUAUUCUAAAAACUGGGACUGCAUUGUGGGAAAAAAGAAGCACUGAAAACAAAAUCACAUCUGCACGUCUGCCUCUUCGAAGGCAGUUUGAGGUAAAACAAAGUAAAAAUUAGUGAUGACUAGCUGAUGUACUACAGAAACAUUAGUAUCAUAGCCAGCCUUAGGCAUAGACCAACUUGGCAGCCACCUAGGGCGCCGCUCUAGUAGGGGCACUUUUCCACUAUUUAUUUGGUGUAGGUAGACCAGGAUGGGAGGGGGGGGGGGUGCCGUGGAGCCCUUUUGCCUAGGGCACCAGUUGACCUAAGGCCACUCCUGAUUAGUAUGACAUAUAUGCUUUUUUCAGUUUCUGGCCAAAGUGGUCUUUUAAGUAGUGACAAUGGUCUAUUCUGUGUGAACAUUUAUCAUUAAAGGUUUUAGAUAUGGACCUUGGAAAACUCUGUGCAUAUAACCUCACAAAAUAUACCAGCAUGGGAAACAGAUCACUGCUAAAUCAUGUUCCUAAAGAACAUAUAGGAAAGUGGAAGUUCUAAGGUUUCACACAUAAAAAAAUACAGACCAAUGUUUUCUAAAUUGUUUAAUGAAGCAAUAUGUCUCAGUUACUGCAGGUCGGCUAACAGUCUGUUUUCACAUUAAUGGAACAGACUGUAUUACUUGAUUUUAAGCCUCUGUUUUUGCCAUGCUUUAAGUGAUGUUGUACAAAGUGUGUCUCCUGACAUUUGUACUACAGCUGUUUUGCUUAAAGAUGACUGGAUUACAUCUGAUCAGUGUCUGUAUCUAGCACACCUACAGAUUUACUGCUUUAGUUCUGACUGGUGUAAUAGUGCCUGACUGAAAUGGGGGCAGUAAAUAUGUGAAUAAAUAAGUCAACAUGUUGCCUCGUGUUCACAUAAGAAUAUGUAGUCACACUGCAUGGUAUAAUGACCCCUGCCAUGUCUGGGGACUUGUAAGCACAAACCAGAGCUCUUCAUUAUAUGCAAGAAGCUAGAAGGAAUCCCCACUCAUUGACAGGAAUUUAACACUGAAGUCUAAAGGAGCAUGCUUUUGAAACGCCAUACCAAUAAGCAUGUUUUUUCUAGGUAUACAAAUAAAACCCACAGACCAGGUCAGAUUCUUACAGGCAGACUGUCCUGUAUUGAAGGGGCAACUUGGUUACACAUACAGCAGUAUCUUCUGCAAAGGCCACCUACUUAUCUAACAGUAGAAUAUGGUUCUAGAUAAAUAGUGCUCCCACUAGAUCUUCAACAUUCCAAAGGGGUGAAUUAAUGUACCAGGGAACCAGGAAAAAAUGAGUACACUGAUGAAAUCCAUGUCCCAUGCUGGAAAUCUUUUACUGGAACUGCCAUUUCACUUCUCUCCUGAUAACUGUGUCUCUUAAAAAGGUAUAGUUUGCACAAAGGGAGAAAAAACAGAACUAAAUCACGUAACCGCAGUAGCAGCAACAGCAGUUGCAAGAAUGUGUGUGUGUGUGUGUGUGUGUGUGUGUGUGUGUGUGUGUGUGUGUGUGUGUGUGUGUG